AUGGCUAACCGCCGCCAGCCAAAGGACCAAUUGUGCCCAAUAUGCAACAAGAUGUUUAGCAUCCAAGGCAUUGCUCAACAUAUCCGAUCAUGUAGUGGCAAAACACCAAGUCUGGAUGCACAGAAUGCUUUUGGAGAUUUUGCAAAUAGGGUUUAUGAAAAUAACUCUCUACAUUAUACAUCAAUUUUAAAUGCUGCUAUUAGCCACUCUCCAGCUAUACCAAAUGAGGAUUCUACAACCGCUUCUUAUUCUGCUAUAGAUAUGGCUCAAAUGGAGACACAGGAUUCUCUAAAUGGUCAUCAUAUUUCCCUUUCAAUGGAGCCGGAAGAUUCAAUUGAGCCAGUCACAAAUCAAUCCUCUAUACUUCAAAUGCUUGAUGAAAUUUCAAAUAAUCAUUUGCCCCCACCGCUUCCACAUCAAAUCUGCAUUGAAUUUCAUCCAAGUGCAAAUAUGCCACCAAAAUUCAUUCCUACACACCAAUAUAAUCCAAAUUCCUAUCAAACGUCACCAACACCCCAUUCUACCAGUACCAACCCGUGGCAUCCAUUUAGGACACGUCUUGACUUCGAAGUGGCAGAACUUGCACUUAGCUCACAUAUGAAUAGGCAGCAAAAGCAGAUUUUAUUAACCCUUAUUGACAGAAUCAAAGAAAAGCCAGAGCAGUUUACAAUUGACAGUGUAUCAGAGCUUGAGAAGACCUGGGAGCUUGCUCGUAGCUACCGUUCAACUGGAUUCCAGAAAAAGGAAUAUCUUGUACCAUACCAAAAUGAUGAAAUUGGGUAUGAAGUGUAUAUCCGGCCACUAAUUGAGUGGUGCAAUAGUCUUCUUCAGAAUCCUUCUCUACUUUCACAGUUUCAUUGGAUUGCUGAAAGGCAUUAUAAACAAAAUGACGGUAAACGAGACCGGUUGAUUGGAGAACCAUGGACUGCAAAUGAAUGGUGGAGCAUCCAGAACCUUCUUCCCAAUGGUGCAUUACCAUUUUUUAUUAUCCUAUAUGCAGACAAAACUCGGCUAUCCACCUUUGGUACUGCAAAGGCAUAUCCAGUGCUUGCUCGCUGUGCAAAUCUUCCAGCAAAUCUUCGAAACAGUGAUGGUAUUGGUGGGGGAAUCCUAGUUGGAUGGCUGCCUAUUGUUGAUGAAGAUGCUGGCGAGUCAGGAAAGAAAAUUUUUGUAAACUUCAAGCGUAUUGUUUGGCACAAAGGAUUCCACGAAAUUCUUAAGUCCGUUCAAGAAUAUGCCACAACAGGAUACUAUGCACAGUGUGCAGACAACAUUCGGAUUAUGAAGAGCACUAAAGAUAAGGAGAAUUAUUUAAAAGAAUAUGGAUUACGAAAUGUAGAGAAUGUAUUUUGGAUGAUGAAUGGGAGUGAUGUAUAUAAAGCUCUUUCCUGGGAUCGACUACAUGCAUACCAUGGUGGACUAUUUUCUGAUCAUUUAUGGUCAGAAUUUAAGGCUAUUAUUGAUAGCUCUGGAAGGAAAGAUGCUGAGAUUAUUGACAAUCAAUUUGAUCAAAUUCCUCGAUGGAGUGGUCUUAAUCACUUUGCAUCUAUAAUUAAGACAGGAGAAUUUGCAGAUGGAACAAAAUAUGAAGAUAUAGCAAAGAUCAUUUGUUAUGCAUCUCAUAAUGUUCUAGAGAAGUCAGACCGUGGAUAUUGUCUGCUCAAGCUUAUGCGAAGCUUUGUAGAAUUGGAUAUGUAUUCAUCUUUGAUUAUUCAUAGCAGUACAACAUUACAUGGGUUACAAAAAGAACUUGCAAAGUUCUGUUCUAUUCUUGAGGAAUAUAUUCAACUCCAUCCAGACAAAAAUUGGAAUUUUCCUAAAAUCCAUUCACAUGUCCAUAUGAUUCAAGAUAUUGUUGCAAAAGGUGCAACUCGGAACUCUAAUACUAAACCCAAUGAAAAGGCACAUGGCUUGCUUAAGCUCUGGUACCGCUUUCACACCAAUUUCAAAGAUAUAUUAAAAAUGAACCACGAUGAUCUUAUUGCAAUGAUUAUUCGCAUGGAUAUCAAUGCUAUUGAUGAUCUUGACAUGCCCAAAGAGGACGGCGAAGAAUCACUUAUAUCUACACCACAAGUUUCCAAUCUUGGAAAUUCAUUGGGUAACGGAUCAAGUAAUGAGAAAAGAGCUCAAAGUCACAUUUCAAUUGGGUCACUUCAAGCAAUAAUCACAUUUGCCGAUGUGGAAAAACAAUUCAAAGAGAACAUGGCAUUUGAACGCUUCCGGAUUAAAACAGGAAAAUACCUUGCAGCAGCUUCUGGAAGUACUAUCCGAUUAAAAGCCAAUCAUAAGAUUACACCAUUUGAGCUUGCAAGAAUUCAUUAUCAGUCGGAAAUUGAUUGGUCGGCUCAAAGAGAUAUGGUUCGAGUUAGCAAAAGUUUCCACAAGCGGCCACGAAAUGAUUACGUCCUUUUGGCACUUGAUCAUCAGAAGUACUGCUUUGCACAACUUCUGUUCAUGUUUAUUGUGUCAUUAGAUGACAAAACAGAGUGGCCGCUUGCUCUUAUUCUGCCACUUGAUGAACCGGUUGAUCAGCGCACAAAUUUGGCACGUAGGCGUGAUAAAGAUUUAGAGUUUCUCCGAGUACGAGCCCGAAGGCGAACAAACUCUGCAAUUAUUGACGUACGUAGUAUAGUACGCGGUGGCCUUCUGAUUCCAGACUUUGGAAAUGAUGCAAACGAGUUUAUUGUUAUGGAUUCACUUGAUCCGGACAUGUGGUGGCGGUUAAAAUCAAUAAAAUUAACUACACAUGUUUUAUUAUAA